UCAAAUAAAUCAAAACCUAAGGUAAAAAACUGCACUAUGCACGCAUACACAAACGUGUGUGUACACAUACUGUUUCUAGUCAAAACGGAACCUUCCCCAAUCUCUCUCACACACACACAUAGAGAGAGAGAUCAAUAUUUCAUGGCUGCAGAAUCGAGCUCAAAUUCUUCAACAAAUCUCAGAAUCGUCGUCCAAAACAACCCUUCAGACUCACAGCUCUCUGAAUUAGGUAUCAAAUCCUGGCCCAAAUGGGGCUGCCCGCCGGGGAAGUACCAGCUAAAAUUUGAUGAACAAGAAACCUGUUAUCUAGUCCGGGGGAAAGUGAAAGUAAAAUCUAAAAACUCAUCGGAAGUAGUAGAAUUCGGCGCCGGCGAUCUUGUGAUUUUACCAAAGGGACUCAGUUGCACCUGGGAUGUAUCUGUUGCAGUCGACAAACACUACAAAUUCGACACGUCUUCAUCUCCAUCAUCAUCAUAAUCAAUAUUCUUGAUUAUCUUUACUUGAAAAACAGGGAUUUUUAGCAUAAUUUCUUUGCUGAUGCUCGUGUAAUUUAGUUAAUUAAUUCUUCUAUUGAUAGGUAAAUUCUUGAAAAAUGUAAAUCAAACCAUUAAUAUAUUCAUAAUCAAGAUUCAAGUUUUUCCUUUGUUUUUCUUCUGAAUAAAUAGGGUUGUAUUGUGUUUAGGAAACUGGCUAUUUAGCAGUCAAAAGAAGGGGAAAUAAUU